AAGAGGGAAGGACUUGGUAAAUGUGUCAGUAUUAUUCACAAGGGAGAGUGGAUUUCACAUUGUGACAUCUAUUUGGUGAUGCUGUGUUAAUCUGAGUGACUGUAGGACCCUGUGCCUGUCUGCUCCCUCACUGCAGUGCUGUGCAUUAGAUGGUUAGGGGCUGAGCUGCCUCUCUAGUCUCCUGCUCCUUGGAUGCAGCUUCGGUUCCUGCAGACAGGUCAUAUACAUUAGCAGAAAGCCGAGGAGCAGCCUGUGUGGAUUUAAAGGAAAAGUAUCUCUUCAUGACAACCCUUUAAACACAGCCUUCAAUGGAGACAACACCUAUGUUUUCCAGCUCUGGAGCCUCUGUCUGACAUAAGAGUAUAUAUCUGAAAAGUAAUGCUUUACAUGAAGAAAAUAUUUAUUCCAUGCAAAGGUAAUUAACUGGAGCGAGUAAACAAUGCUGCCUUAUUACCGAGUGAUUACCUGCAGAAUAAAGAGACAUUGGGCUAUACAUUGUGGUGAGGAGUAAUGAUCGCUGUAAUAAGGAAUAUUAUGAAGAAUACAAUAAACAUCAGAUUGGAUUAACUGUCGGUUACAAGGACCAAAAGGCCCUAAUAAAGAAAUAAUACUCUGCAGGGAUGACGGCAGUAUAUCUAAUCCAGGAGUAAUGUUUUUUGUGAAUUGCAAUACGUGGCAGAAUAUUAUUACACUUGCACAGAAAACAUAUGUAUGUGACAAAUAUUUACCCGAAAUGUGACAAAUUGUGAACAGUACUUCCUUUUCUCCCCUCUUCCCUUGUUUCACCUUGUCCUUUAACCCUUCCCUCUUAUUUCCUCUUUAUUCCCCAGUUAUUUCUCCUUAUCCCUUCAUUUUUUUUUAACUGUCACAUUUGAUUUUUCUUGUUUAUUUAUCAUUCUGUACCUCCACCCUUGCUCUUCUUCCCAUUUGUAAUCAUUAUUUCUGUUCCACUAUUUGUGUGCACCCUUUUUCCACUAAUUCUCUCAGGUCCUACCUCUUCGGGGUAUAAUGGGUGAUGGUCCUGUGAGAAAGAGGGUGAUGGUGACCUUUUACCCAAAUCAUCCUCAUGGAUACUUCCCUUUCCUCUCUCACUUGGAACUUGUCUUUCAAUGAUUCAGGGAGCCCUAUUACAACAAAUUCCCAAUAUGGAGUCCUUUUCAUCAUGCUUCUUAUGGACCUUUUGGCAGUGGCUGGGAAUGUGGCUGUCAUGGGUGUCAUCAUGAAGACUCCAUCCCUCAGGAAGUUUGUUCUGGUCUUCCACUUGUGUGUGGUGGAUCUCUUGGCUGCACUUACACUUAUGCCCUUGGCAAUGUUGUCAGGAAGCGGAGGCACUUCCCUAUUUGAGGGCCAGGGAUUGGGGCAGAUGGCCUGCCGUGCCUACCUUUUCCUGAGUGUUUGUCUGACCAGCACUGGCAUUCUGUCAAUCUCUGCCAUCAAUAUUGAGAGAUAUUACUAUGUGGUGCAUCCCAUGAGAUAUCAAGUUAAAAUGACCAUGGGACUGGUCAGUUGGGUACUAGCUGGGGUCUGGAUUAAGGCCGUGCUCACAUCCCUAAUCCCCAUUCUAGGAUGGAACCCUCCUGUUCCUGGACAUUGCAGCCUGCAGGGAGGUGGAAAUGGUGUCUUCCGAGCAGGAUUUCUUCUCUUUUACUCUUCUUUUUACUUCUUACUGCCUCUAACCAUCAUCAUUGUUGUUUACUGCAGCAUGUUCAAGGUGGCACGAGUAGCUGCCCUCCAUCAAGGACCUCUUCCAACUUGGAUGGACACCUCGCCUCAGCGUAGGCGCUCAGAAUCUCUAAGCAGCCGUUCCACCAUGGUGACAGGGUCAGGAGCCACACAUGGAACACCUCAGCAACGAGUGUUAGGUGGCAGUGCAGGAAGUGGUGGGAAGGCAGCAGCUGUAUUGGCUGCAGUAGGGGGUCAGUUCCUUAUGUGUUGGUUACCUUAUUUUGGCUUCCAUUUAUAUGCUGCACUGCGCUCUCCUCCUCCACCACCUGGAUCACGGGUGGAAUGGGUUGUCACAUGGAUAGGGUUUCUCUGCUUUGUCUCUAACCCAAUAUUUUAUGGCUGUCUAAAUCGUCAAAUUCGUGAAGAGCUAGGAAGGUGGGUUGGCUGUUUCUUCAAGAGGGGAAGUGCAGGGGAGGAUGAGCUUCGAUUGCCUAGCCGAGAAGGCUCUAUUGAAGAAAAUUUCCUGCAAUUCUUGCAGGGAACUGGUUGUCCCCCAGACACCCGAGCAGCUGUCCACAUCCCCCCUAAAGGUGAACAACCUGCUGUAGACUUCCGGAUUCCAGGACAGAUUGCAGAGGAAACUUCAGAAUUUUUAGAACAACCAUGGGAUAUGACAGCAGUGGGCAGAGACUAUACUAAUACUGGCCCAUCUGCAAAAACAUGACCCUUAGUGCAACUUUCCCUGCUCUUGACAAUCUCCUUGAUAAAAGUGUGGUAUAAUGCAGAAGCCUUCCCCUUAAACAAUUCCUGUUAUUAUGUGACACAAAGCUACCCCUAUCUCCAUCUUUGAUUCUAAGUACACAUCCAGAGUCCUCCUUUGUUUGCAUAGAUAGACUACAGUAGCCUUUCUUAACAUGUGCCAGAAGAAGAGGGCAGACAUUUUGCUAACUCUAUAAUAGGAGUAAUUCUCUGCACCUUUAAAAGCUGGAAAUGAGUAUAUUAAUUAUGCCAUAAGCCUUGGAAAAGUGUAUUAAAAUGCAAGCUGCUACUUGGAUAGUCACAGUUCUAUGAAAUAUAGUUACAAUUUUAUAGUUCCUGUGUUGAACAAAUUAAUUAUCAUAUGAAGCAACUAAAUAAGUUAAUUUAAUAAAGCUGGGCUAAGUUUUAACUUAAAUAGGUUGCAUACCUUUGUACAUCCCCUGCUUGUUAGACACAUCUCUAGUCAAUGACCCAUUAGGGGGAGAAGUACUAAGCAGUAAAUAGAGUGAAGAAGUGACCCAGUGGAGAAAUUGGCCAUGGCAACCAAUUAGCAUUGAAGUAACAUUUAGAAUUUGCAUACUAUAAAAUUAUACAGAGCAGCUGAUUGGUUGCCAUGGACAAAUUCUCCUCUGGCUCACUUCUACACUCUUUUCACUGCUUAGUACAUUUCACCAUAGUGAUUUACAUCUUGGAUACACCCUUCUUCAUUGUUACUAGACUUCAAAUGUUUACUGUUACAACUGAUAGGCAGAACAGGAGAAUAAUGUCACUGUGAGAACUGGAUGGGAAAUUCAUACGUAUCUACAGUAAGUAGUGAAUGUCACUACUGAAUGAGCAGGAGAAGUGGCCCAUUCAGGCAUAAUAUUAACUGUAUAACUUUCCUACGUCCUGCAAAGUGACACAUCUCUCCUCUACCAGUAAUUAGCAUUGAAGUAUGUGCAGCUUCAUUUUCAAAGUUGACCCCACAAAAAGGCUUCAUGGGAUGAGGUGUGUCUAAUUGUUGAGGGUUUAUAAAGGUGGGCAAUCCUUUUACUUUUUAAAAGCAUCACAUAGUAUAUAUAUAUAUAUAUAUAUAUAUAUAGUGUAUUUGUUUGUGUAAAAUAGGUAUUUACCUAAUGUAUGAAUCUUUUAUUUUAGAUUUUGUCCAAAAAAAUAAUUCCUCCCAAAAAUAUCCAGCAGAAUACCAAACCAAUUUUACAAGUAGACUAAUUGUAUUUGUUUGUAUUUUAGCGCAUGUGGAAGAUAAUUCUUUGACUGUGAUGUCAAAUCUAGAUUUGGAACACAAAAUACAAACCUUUGCCAAAAAAGCUAGUUGCUGGUUGCAGAAACUGAACAGUAUUUAUGUUUGUACCAAUAAAUGUGUAUUUUUUAAA